CGCCACAGCGAGUGUCCGUCCGGACAACAGACGCUGACCACAGGUAGACCUGACGAGGACACAGUGUGCCAGACCUGUCCCGACGGCAGCUACUCCACCACCGUGUCCGCCGUGCAGAACUGCACGCUGCACAGAGGCUGCGAGGCUGCGGGGCUGAGGCUGGUGCUGAAGGGCUCCACCUGGCACGACAGCGUGUGCACGAGCUGCGAAGAACUCAAAUCCAGAGACAGCGGGGACUACCUCAAAGAAAUCAUCCCGGCUUUCUUCAUCCACCAUAAAAUGAACGCCCGGCGGCUGCGUCAGGUCGUUCACAACCUCCCGUCCGAGGACGGCAAGAGGCAAGGUGGAGCUUCAGGUCUCAACCAGUCGGAGCUCCACGCGCGGAUCAACAGCUGGGUCGCCUCCGCCUCGGCCAAUCAGAUCCGGCAGCUCCCGGGGAUCCUGACCCAAACGGGAGCGACCGGCGUCGCCGAGCGGCUACACAACAAGCUGCAGAGAAUCGAGUCGAAUCUAAAGCAGCUGUGUGCUCUGGGUAAUGAGGUGGACGUACAGUGAAAGGCUGAGGUAGAAAGUACGUAGUUAUACUGUAGCAACAAAAGAGGUCCAGUGUUCAUUCGAAAAAAAGACUUUUCUAUUUUUUUCCUGUAGUUCAAGAAUUGCUGCCCUAUUCGAGAGGCACGGUCAAUACAAUACUUCUUUUUGUAUGAGUUAAAAACAGAAUACCGUUCAAUUAGUGGAAUAGUUUGUUCACUUCCAUCUGCAUUAAGCGGAUUAACAUUCCCUUUUUUUUCAGGACAUUUCAGUUUUUUGUUGUUGCUGUUUUUUUAUUCUUAGAAUUGACCAAACAACCCAGACCUUACCCUGCUUUAAAUGACCUGCUCCUUUGCUGUUUGCAUAAGAAAUAACCAUAAUAACUAUGCCAGGCUAUAUGUUUUCAGGUGAUCCACAGGAAUAGUAUGUCAUGUAAUAUUAGAUCAUAUUAGGAAAAAGAUUUAAAAAAAAAAGGUCUGUUCAUGAGGAGUACACGCCUCACAGGCGAACCAAUUAAAGAAAAUUCAUGAGAUCACACGUGCAUACUUGUGGUAUCUGACUGAACCCUUUAAAACUGUAGUAGGCAGUGUAUUUUUGGCAUUGUUGGGCAAAAAUUCCAUAAAACCCUUUCAGCCUAAAGACUUCUGAACGUCCUCUUGGCUCUGUUUACAGACGAGAGACUCUUUGGCCAAUCACAGGCCAGAGAGCUCCGGUUCUGGGAGUGAAAAUCCCGUUCAGUUUCUCAAUCAGGGUUUUGAUUGGUGAUUGGCUAGUAAAGGUCUACCAUUGAGGUCCAUGAUAGUUUAUGCACACAGUCUUGUUCCUUUGCCUUUUUUACGUUUUUUUUAUUUUUUAUUAUAAUGCGCCGAGUCAAAUGUUUUAUGGUCCCAAUUCAUCUUGUAGCUGGUUGGCUUGAUUCCAAGCACCAAGACUCAUUAUAUAAGCAUUUAAAGUUUUAGUGCGUAACUUUUUGGACCUUAAUGAAUGUGACUGUGUUCAGAUGAUUGUCGUCCAGCAACUUUCCUAAUAGUGGCUACUAGUAACUGCGUGGGGGGGGGGGGAGAGGCGAUCACGGAAGGAUUGUUUCAUGUGGAUGCGCCAACAGUGUUGUUGUCAUUACUCAGAGUUCCUCAUGGGGGCGACAGAAACGACGCACUAUAGCUUUAAUGUAAACAUCAGUAGAGAUAUUGAAUGGGGAAAAUCACUUCCAGAACCAGAGCCAUUCAUAAAAGUGGGAGCGAGGGAGCAUUCCUAUUGGCUGUUCCUCACAUGCAGACAGAGAGGGGAGAGGCGGAGCUGCAGGAAGAGGUCUCACUCUGCUUGAAAUUCUGACUUUUGUGCGUGCUUUCUAACUACUGCAGCUUUAACAAGGUACACAUUUUCCGCAAAGGUCUUACUGUACAUUUCACCUGGGUCCUUACAGCAACAAGCAUUGUAUGUUACAACACAAUUAACAACAAAAACCUCCUAUUCUUUUUUUCUGGGGGUGAAAACAGAGAGAGAACUUGCAGGAAUACAGAAUAUAGUGACGUGAAGUGUCGGGCUUCAGUAUAUCUACCUCUGUCUAUGUCUGCAGUUUAACAGGCACCGGUUUGUCAUUUUGUGUAGCGGCUCACUAUGUGAACUUAAUUUAUUUUUGCUAUUUAUAGAAAACGAGGUAAAAUGCAUCGUGAGAGGAACGCGGGUGGAGGAGUUUUUGUGUUUUGUGCCAUUCGUGAUUGACAUUUAAAGCAAGAGUAGAACUGUAUGCAAGUGAAUCUGGAGCAUGUGUGGCUGCUUUGAAUGACGCUUUGAAUAAAUAUGAUCCCAAAUGUAAA